GGAGGGUUUGGGUAUGAUGUCAGGAAACUGGCUUUUCUGCCCAGGGUUCUGGGCUGCUUAGAUUCCCAGAUGUCCCGGAAGAUGGCAUGCGGGACAUGCAGCCGCAUUCAUCUGGAGCCAGGCCUUGAGCCAGCGCUUUGAUAGAGGAUCCACAGGCAUGGCUUGGUAUCUGGAUGGGCUUCCCCACGGGCUUGCUGAGCCGUGGAGAGAACUCUGGCGACGGGGUGCACAGUGCUGCAUACCUCCUUACUCGCCCCGGACCAGUAACUGCAGAGACCAUAGAAGCUUGAGGAGGAGGGGGAACAUAGAUGACUGGACACAGACUCUAGACACUUCAAAUAAUGUGGACAUGUUUCGACCUUCAGGUUCCACUGGGCUCAUUCCCCCAUCCCACUUCCAAGCUCGGCCCCAUCCGACUCUGUCAAGAAUGGCUCCCAAGUGGGUCUCAGAUAUUCCCCUGGUCCAACUCCCAGCCCAUCAGGAUUUCUCAGAAAGGCGGGCAGACAACCAAAGACCUCCACUGCUGGCAUGGAAUCGGGAUGGCCAUGGCAGUGGGCAGGAGCCAGGCCAGAGAAGCAGGUCUGUGGGGCUGGAAGGGUCGCAGGCCCUGAGCCAGCAGGCCGAGCUGAUUUCUCGGCAGCUGCGAGAGCUCCGGCGGCUGGAGGACGAGGUCCAGGUCCUGCGGGAGACUUCACUGCAGCAGAAGAUGAAGCUGGAGACCCAGGCCAUGGAGCUGGAGGCCCUGGCACAGGCAGAGAAGGCUGGCCGAGCUGAGGCCGAGGGCCUGCGUGCUGCCUUGGCUGGGGCCGAGGUGAUCCGGAAGAACCUGGAGGAGGGCAGCCAGCGGGAGCUGGAGGAGGUUCAGCGGCUACACCAAGAGCAGCUCUCCUCCUUGACACAGGCUCAUCAGGAGGCACUCUCCAGUUUGACCAGCAAAGCUGAGGGCUUGGAGAAGUCGCUAAAUAGUCUAGAAGCCAGACGGGCCGUAGAAGCCAAGGAACUGACCAUUGCCCAGAGGGAGGCAGAGCUGCUACAGAAGCAACUGAGCAAGACCCAAGAAGACUUGGAGGCUCAGGAGGCCUUGGUUGAGAAACUAAGGAGAUAUGUGGGGGAGCAAGUGCCCCCUGACGCCCAUGGCCAGAUGUGGGAACCAGAGCGGCAGGAUCUUCUGGACACCAUGCAGCGCUUGCAGGAGGACCGGGAAGGCCUGCACACCACAGCGGAGCUGCUGCAGGUGCGAGUGGAGAGCCUCAGGCACAUCCUCUCCUUGCAGGAGGAGGAGCUGGCCAGGAAGGUUCAGUCUUCAGAAUGCCUGGAGCCUGAGUUCACCAGGAAGUGCCAGUCUCUGCUGAAGGGCUGGCGGGAGAAGGUGUUUACCCUCAUGGUGCAGCUGAAGUCCCAGGAGCUGGAGCACAAAACAUGCAUGGAGCAACUGAAAGGACAGGUGGCAGAGCUCCAGGAAAGAGCAACCGCUCAGAGCCAGGAGCAGGCCAUCCUGCAGCGCUCCCUGCAGGACAGAGCUGCGGAGGUGGAGGUGGAGCGCGUGGGCGCCAAGGCCUUGCAGAUGGAGCUGAACCGAGUUCAGGAGGUCGGACGCCAGCGAAAGCAGCAGAAAGCUGAGGCAGAGCAGCAGUUGAAGCUUGUGGCUGACGCUGUCAGCAGCUUUCAGACCUGGCUCCAGAACACCAUGGCCGAGGUGGAACUGGCCACUGCGCGGCUGCCCAGCCUCAACAACCGAGUCAGCUACGCCGUCCGCAAAGUCCACACCAUUCAGGGCCUGAUGGCUCGAAAACUGACCCUUGCUCAGCUGCGCCAGGAGAGGGACAGCCGCCCACCCCCACCACCCACCUUAGAUGUGAGCCUCGAGUUGGAGCAGUUGCGGGAAGAGCGGAACCGCCUGGAUGCAGAACUGCAGCUGAGUGCCCAUGUCAUCCAGCAGGAAGUGGGCCGGGCCCGGGAGCAAGGGGAGGCUGAGCGGCUGAAGCUGAGUGAGGUGGCCAGGCAGCUGGAGCAGGAACUGCAGCGCACCCAGGAGUCCCUCGCCAGCGUGGGGCUGCAGUUGGAAGCAGCUCGCCAGGGCCAGCAGGAGAGCACAGAGGAGGCUGCCAGUCUCCGGCAGGAGCUGACCCAGCAGCAGGAAAUCUACGGGCAAGCCCUGCAAGAAAAGGUGACUGAAGUGGAAAAUCGGCUACGGGAACAGCUCUUGGAGACAGAAAGGAGGCUGAAUGAUGCUCGACGGGAGCACGCCAAGGCUGUGGUGUCCCUGCGCCAGAUGCAGCGCAAAGCCACCCGGGAGAAGGAGCGGAACCAGGAGUUGAGGCGCCUGCAGGAGGAGGCCCGGAAGGAGGAGGGGCUGCGGCUGGCCCAGCGCGUGCAGGAGUUAGAGAAGGACAAGAACAUCAUGCUGGCCACCUUGCAGCAGGAGGGUCUCCUCUCCCGUUACAAGCAGCAGCGGCUGUUGGCCGUUAUUCCCUCCCUGCUGGAUAAGGGGACACCUGUGGAGCCCAGCCCCAAGCCCCCAGGGUGGUCAGCGCCCGCACCUCCAGCAACGGUUCUCCCCACCAGGGAGUCCAUAAAAGGGUCCCUCUCUGUUCUGCUUGAUGACCUGCAGGACCUGAGUGAGGUCAUUUCCAAAGAGGAAGCCAUUUCUCAAGGAGACACCCGGGACUCUCUGGCUCCUGUCUACGGCUGAGCAGAGUGCUCAAGGGUGGCCCAAGGGGCCGGAGGGUCAUGGAGAAGUGGGCUGGGGUCAGGGGUCAGCCUGGCCCUCUUCUCCAGCUGGCUGCCCUCCAGACACCAGACACCAAAGUGUGAGGUGUGUUUGAACUCUGUGGCUCAAUAAAGGUGAUACAGAA